CUGAAGAGGAGGAGGGGGAGCGGAGGGAGGUGUUUCUGUCAGUUCCGGCUGUUUGUUCGGGAAGUGGAUCCGCCGCUGCCGGAGCAGCCCGGAGGGAGCUGCGGAUCGCGAGGCCAGCACCGACCCCGCCCGCCCGCGCGCCCCUCUCCCGCCCGCCAUGGCCCGGGACUACGACCACCUCUUCAAGCUGCUCAUCAUCGGCGACAGCGGUGUGGGCAAGAGCAGUUUACUAUUACGGUUUGCAGACAACACUUUCUCAGGCAGCUACAUCACCACCAUCGGAGUAGAUUUCAAGAUUCGGACCGUGGAGAUCAAUGGGGAGAAAGUGAAGCUGCAGAUCUGGGACACAGCUGGGCAGGAGCGCUUCCGCACCAUCACCUCCACGUAUUAUCGGGGGACCCAUGGGGUCAUCGUGGUUUAUGACGUCACCAGUGCUGAGUCCUUUGUCAAUGUCAAGCGGUGGCUUCAUGAAAUCAACCAGAACUGUGAUGAUGUGUGCCGAAUAUUAGAUGUUCAGUUGCAUCACGGAGCUGGUGCUGCGCGCGAAGAAAGACAACCUGGCGCGGCAGCAGCAGCAGCAGCACAACGACGUGGUGAAGCUCACGCGCAACAGCAAGCGGCGGAAGCGCUGCUGCUGACGGCGGCCCCCGCCUGGCAAGAGUUCCUCGGCGGGUCUGCCGGGAGGUGCCGCCGGCUCGCCCCGCCCCGCCGUGCCGGAAAGCGUUGGACCCGCCCCCUCCAGCCCCGCCCCGCCCCGCCGAGGCCGGCGCCGGGACUGACGGACGUCUGUACAUAUGUAAAUCGCUUGGACCGGCUGCUCCUCCGCGCCCGACCGCCGGCCUCCCGUCCUCCCGUCCUCCCGUCUCGUCGCCAGCGGCCUCCCGAGGAAACGAUGGAGCCCCACCGCUGCUCGCCCGGCUGCUGGAGCUGGGCCACGUGUCACCGGUUCCCGACAAGCUGGCAGCCUCCAUCCUGGGCACGUAGGGGCCCAGCUCAGCUCCCUCCCUAUCCCCUGCCCCAGAGCCAUUCUGGCAGCCGGGAAAGCUGGCCUUGAGGUUGGCCUGGGGGCUCCCAUUAGGGGCCCUGCCCUUGAUUUGCAGGAAGAAUUACUGCUGUUGGCCAACAGAUUUCUUGUUCUGCCUUGUAGAUGCCUCUGAGCGACAAGCCCAGGGGAGCCAUGGCUUCUAAUUUAUACCAACUUGUUUCAGUUCCAACACAAAGGUAGGGGUGUGCAGGGAUGGGGCUUGUGGGGGGCUAAGGAGCAUUGUUCUAACAGAUUUUAAAAAAAGAAGCCAAAUCAAAAUUAUUAAGUUCCUCACACUGUUUUUCCCUCUUCCUGAAGUUGGCACAGCAGCAAAAGUUGUGACCUUCCCCCUUUGGGUCCUGUGUGUUUAGAAAAAGCAAGUGGCUUCCUGUCCCUGUGGGGUUGGGCUCUUAGCAGAGCAGCUCUGUCUUCCGGGCUGUUUCUUGUGGGAGGUCCUCCCCCAUCCCCGGAGGUGCUGGGUCUCCAGUGCUGCCCCGGGCACCUUUGGAUGUGGACAGUGGGUGCCAGGGGCUGCAGGACUGUGGGGACGAUGCCUUGGAUCACUGACAGCUGUUUCAGUACAAAGACAGCAUGAGGAUUUCUCAGCGGGUAGGAAGGAAUGGCAGCAGGGCUGGGAGCCAGCCAGCUUUGACCCGCCCUGGUCCCCUGGAGGAAAAGCCAGGGUCACUUGCACUUGAUACCAGCCCCCUCCUUCCCCCACUGGACACUUCAUUUACCUUUCUUCUAAAAGGAUCAUGUAACCUGGGAAUAAUUUAUUUCAUCACCAUGAUGUGUUUUACUAGAUUUCCUUUCCUAGGCGAUUUCCAGGCCAAGCCCUGAUUGGACAAUCAUGUCACAAAUCACACUGAUUUUUCCAUGUUAACACUGUUGAUAGGUUUUAAUCAGUAAAAAUUGGGGGGCGGGGGUCUUCUGACGGGUCUCUCCACUUCUCCAAACUGCCAAAAGCUUGUGGUUCUCUGUGACAGGCCUUUGUUUUUGGAGCGGCAGGAUGAGCUGGGGGAGCUCUGUGGGCCUGGGAAGGCGGUGCUGUGGAGGGGGCGCAGGGCCAAGCAGCAGGCAGCCCCAUCUAUUUGGGGGCCAAGAGCAAAGUAUGGUCUCCAUCCUCAGGACGGUCCUGGCUGGCUGUGGUUCCUGUGGGGGACAUGCAGAGUUUAGGGCUCCUGGAGUGGGUGGCAUACUCGACCUUGAGCAUGCAGGGAAUACCAGUGUGGUGGUGCUUGCAGAUUCAAGCAAUAAGAGGAGAGGGUCCUGGAAACUUCUAGCCUAGCCUAGGAGCCACCAUCGUUUCUGGCAACUGGUUGUCCAGACCCAGGGGGUGGGGUGACCUUGGUGACGACUAUGCCUGUCCUGCUGAGUUGUUACACGCAUGAAUGGGGGUUGGGGGGUGGGGGGACUCACAGGGCUGAACUGACGUCCUGGCGGACCUGAUGUGAAAUUCCUGUCAAACAACAAAACUUUUAAAUGGUUUGCUAGGAUUAUUUCUGUAUUGAAAGUUUCUAAUUAUGCUUUUUAAAAAAAUACUAAAAAUAAAGGUUCAAGCUGCCAGAUUUU